AUGGGUUCCCUGUGGAGCUGGUGGAUGCUGUGGGCCGGAGCAACCCUUCUGUGGGGGCUGACCCAGGAGGCCUCGGUGGGCCCCAGGACCACCGGGGGAGAGGAAUUCCUCACGGCCUUCCUGCAGAACUACCACCCAGGGUACAGCACAGCCAGCCUGCGCCUUCUCAUCACCAGUCUGUCAGAGAGCCCUGCCUCAGUCUCCAUCCUCAGUCGGACAGACAACACCUUGCAGAAUGUCACCGUGAAGCCCGGACAGUCAGUCGUGGUCAACAUCACCUCCAAGGCUGAGAUGGCCGGCAGUAACAUCUUCCAGCGUGCAGUGGUGGUCCACUCGGACCGCAACAUCUCUGUGCAGGCUGUGAACGAGAAGCCCAACACGGCAGAUGUGACGCUGCUGUGGCCUGUCCACACCCUGGGCACCACUUACUUUGUGUUCACGCCCCCCGGCCCCUCAGCCUCGAAUCUCAAGGAGUUUGCUGUGGUGGCUGGGGCUGCGGGCGCCUUGGUCAGUAUCCACCUGAAGGGGAUAGUGACAUUCCAGGGAAGGGUCUACCCUUCCGGUAGUGUCCUGAAUGUGACUCUGCAGCCCUUUGCUGUGGCCCAGCUACAGAGCACAGCUGAUCUCUCGGGGUCCAAAGUCACAGCCAGUAGCCCCGUGGCUGUCCUCGCUGGCCACAGCUGUGCCCAGAAACACACAAGCUGUGACCACGUGGUACAGCAGCUGCUACCCACAUCUUCCUGGGGCACCCGCUAUGUGGUGCCCUCUCUGGCUUCUCAGGCCCGCUAUGAUCUGGCCUACGUUGUGGCCAGUCAGGCCACAAAGCUGACCUACAACCAUGGGGGUGCCACUGGUUCCCGCAGGCUCCAGUCAGGUGACGUGGUGGGGUUUGAGAUCCGGCCAUCCCAUCCACUCUACCUGUCUGCAGACGUGGGCAUCCAGGUCCUGCUGUUUGGCACUGGUGCCAUGAAGGACAGAGUGACCUAUGACCCCUACUUGGUCCUGAUCCCAGACGUGGCAGCCUACUGCCCUGCCUACGUGGUCAACAGCUUGCCAGGCAUUGAGAAUUUGGCCAUGGUGGUGGCACCAACAAAGGCUGUUGAGGGGCUGACCAUAGACGGGCAGGUGCUGGGGACCAAGGUCACCUGGACAGCUGUGCCAGGCAGUGAGUUCUCAUAUGCUGAGGUGGACCUCGGUACUGCUGACAAGACCCACACGGCUGAGGCUGCCACUGACUUCGGUCUGCUCACCUUCGGGCUGGCCCAGGCUCUGGGCUUCGGGACGGCAGCUGCCUGUGGCCACACCCUGCUCUCUGCAGAGAAGCCCUCCUGCGAAGGCGUCAAGUGCGGGUCCGGGCAGCACUGCCAGGUGGUGGGCGGCAAGGCCAAGUGCGUGGCGCAGCCCACGGCCACGUGCCGCGCCCAGGGUGACCCCCAUUACACCACCUUCGAUGGCCGUCGCUACGACAUGAUGGGCACAUGCACGUACACGAUGGCGGAGCUGUGCAGCACGGACGAGAGCCUGCCGGCCUUCAGCGUGGAGGCCAAGAACCAGCAUCGCGGCAACCCCCGGGUCUCCUACGUGGGCUUUGUCACCGUGCGCGCCUACAGCCACUCCGUGGCGCUGGCCCGCGGGGAGGUCGGCUUCGCCCGGAUCGACCACCAGCGCUCACGCCUGCCAGUCUCCCUCAGCGACGGUCGCCUGCGUGUGUACCAGAGCGGGAGGCGGGCCGUGGUGGAGCUGGACUUUGGUCUCGUGGUCAACUAUGACUGGGACUGCCAGCUGGCCCUGAGCCUGCCCACGCGCUUCCAAGACCAGGUGUGCGGGCUGUGUGGCAACUAUAACGGUGACCCCGCUGAUGACUUCCUCACACCUGACUGGGAUCAGGCGCCUAACGCCGUGGAGUUCGCCCAGAGCUGGAAGCUGGAUGAUGGGGACUACCUGUGCCAGGACGGCUGUCAGAGCAACUGUCCCACCUGCACCCAGGGCCAGGCUCAGCACUAUGAGGGUGACCGUCUCUGUGGCAUGCUGACCCUGUCCAACGGCCCCUUUGCCAACUGCCAUACUAGUCUGGACCCCCAGACCUUCCUGAAGGAGUGUGUGUAUGACCUGUGUGUGGUCGGCGGGGACCGGCCCAGCCUGUGCCGUGGCCUCAGCGCCUACGCCCAGGCCUGCCUGGAGCUUGGCAUCUCUGUCGGGGACUGGAGGUCACCAGCCAAUUGCCCCCUGCCCUGUCCGGCCAACAGCCGCUAUGAGCUCUGUGGCCCAGCCUGCCCGGCCACCUGCAACUCCGCAGCGGCGCCGGCCAACUGCUCCGCGCGCCAGUGCGUCGAGGGCUGCGUGUGCCUCCCGGGCUUCGUGGCCAGCGGGGACGCCUGCGUGCUGGCUUCGGACUGCGGCUGCACCUUCGAGGGCCGCCCGCUCGCGCCCGGCCAGGCAGUGUGGGGCGACGACCGGUGCCAGCGGCGCUGCACCUGCGACGGCGCCACCCAGAAGGUGCGCUGCAGCGACACGCAGGGCUGCCCGGCGGGCGAGCGCUGCCGCGUCCAGGACGGCCUCCUGGGUUGCUACCCCGACAGCUUCGGAACCUGCCAGGGGUCCGGAGACCCGCACUACGUGAGCUUUGAUGGACGACGCUUCGACUUCAUGGGUACCUGCACUUACCUGCUGGCCGGCUCCUGCGGCCAGAACGCCGCGUUGCCCGACUUCCGGGUGCUGGUGGAGAACGAGCAUCGAGGCAGCCAGACUGUGAGCUACACGCGCGCCGUGCGCGUGGAGGCCUACGGGGUGGUGGUGGCAGUGCGCCGAGAGUACCCUGGGCAAGUGCUGGUGGACAGUGUCCUUAAGUACCUGCCCUUCCAAGCGGCAGAUGGACAGAUUCAGACAUUCCGCCAAGGCAAUAACGCCGUUAUACGCACGGACUUUGGCCUGACUGUCACCUAUGAUUGGAACAGCCGUGUGACAGCCAAGGUGCCCGGCAGCUAUGCUUCGGCCCUCUGUGGGCUCUGUGGCAACUUCAACGGGGACCCAAGCGACGACCUGGCUCUGCGGGGUGGGGGCCAGGCUGCCAAUGCCCUGGCCUUCGGGAAUAGCUGGCAGGAAGAGACAAGGCCAGGCUGUGCGGCAACUGAACCGGGUGACUGUCCCAAGCUGGACUCACUGGUGGCCCAGCAGCUGCAGGGCAAGAAGGAGUGUGGCAUCAUUGCUGACCCUGAGGGGCCCUUCCGGGAGUGCCAUAACACACUGGACCCCCAGGGUGCUGUGCGUGACUGCGUCUACGAUCGCUGCCUGCUGCCAGGCCAAUCUGGGCCACUGUGUGAAGCACUGGCUGCAUACGCUGCUGAGUGCCAGGCCGCUGGGGCCACCGUGCACCCCUGGAGGAGUGAGAAGCUCUGCCCACCCAGCUGCCCACCCAACAGCCACUACGAGGCCUGUUCCCAGGGUUGCCCACUAUCCUGCGGAGACAUCCCGGUGCCCAGGGGCUGUGGCUCGGACUGCGUCGAGAGCUGCGUGUGUGACGAGGGCUUCGUGCUCAGUGGCGAGUCCUGCGUGCCCCUGGCCUCCUGUGGUUGCGUGCACCAGGGCGCCUACUACCCACCAGGCCAGACCUUCUACCCUGGCCCGGGCUGCGAGUCCCUCUGCCAGUGCCAGGAGGGCGGCCUGGUGUCAUGUGAGCCCUCCUCCUGUGGCCCACAUGAGGCCUGCAAGCCGUCUGGUGGCAUCCUGGGCUGUGUGGCUGUGGGCUCAGCCACCUGCCAGGCAUCAGGAGACCCCCACUACACCACCUUCGACGGCCGCCGCUUCGACUUCAUGGGCACUUGUGUGUACGUGCUGGCUCAGACCUGUGGGGCCCGGCCUGGCCUGGGCCAGUUUACUGUCCUGCAGGAAAAUGUGGCCUGGGGCAAUGGGAAAGUCAGCGUGACCAAGGCAGUCACUGUCCAGGUGGCUAACUUGACCGUGCGGCUGGAGCAGAAUCAGUGGAAGGCCAAGGUGAGAGCAGGGCAGAGAGCCGGGGGAGAGGUCCUGGGACGGAGGGUGCUGUGGUGGGGUGUGGGCAGCAGUGCCCCUGGGGGCAGAGGGCACAGAGCUCAGAGUGUGGGAGGCAAGGGAUCUUCCAGGAGAGGGGGUGCCGGGCAGACCCUGGCCGGAGUGGGGAGCCAAGGAGGGAAAAGGCCUCAGGGCCUGGGCCUGCCCCCAAGUGGCUCAGUCUCCCCUCUCUCUGCCCCUCGGGCUUUCUUUUCUCUCUCUCCACCCUCUUUACCACCUGGGUCCCUGCCUCUGCCUGCGCCCUGGUCUCCCAGCCAGUGGCAGCGCAUGGUGGAUGGCGUGGACAUGAAGCUGCCCGUGGAGCUGGCCGAGGGCCGGGUCCGAGUCUACAAGCACGGCUCGGACGCGGUGAUUGAGACUGACUUCGGCCUGCGUGUGGCCUAUAACCUCCAGUACUACGUGCGGGUCACCAUCCCAGGCAACUACCACCAGCAGCUGUGUGGCCUGUGCGGGAACUACAAUGGGGACCCCAAGGAUGACUUCCAGAAGCCCGACGGCUUGCAGGCGGGCAACCCCAAAGAGUUCGGCAACUCCUGGGAGGAGCUGGCGCCCGGCUCCCCGUGCCUGCCCCCCUGCCAGCCGGGCGGGGACUGCGACACCACCGAGGAGUGCGCCCCCGAGCUGCAGAAGAAGUACCAGCAGGAGCAGCUCUGCGGGUUCCUCGCCAGCCCCAAGGGGCCGCUGGCCGCCUGCCACCAGCUGCUGGAGCCCCAGGGCCCCCUGGAGGAGUGCGUCUUUGACCUCUGCCUGGGCGGCGGGAACGACACCAUCCUCUGCAGCAACAUCCAAGCCUACGUGAGCGCCUGCCAGGCUGCGGGAGGCCACGUCGAGCCCUGGAGGACCGAGACUUUCUGUCCAAUGGUGUGCCCCCCUCAUAGCCACUACGAGAUCUGCGCGGACACCUGCUCCCUCGGCUGCUCAGCCCUCAGUGCCCCUUCACAGUGCCCAGAUCUGUGUGCCGAGGGCUGCCAGUGUGACCCCGGCUUCCUCUCUGACGGCCAAGCUUGUGUACCCAUCCAGGACUGUGGCUGCUACCACAACGGUGUCUACUACGAUCCAAAUCAGACGGUACUCAUUGACAACUGCCAGCAGCAGUGCGUUUGCCACGUGGGUGAAGGUCUGGUGUGCCAGGAGCACACCUGUAAGCCCCCGGCGGUGUGCCAGCCCGAGGGAGGUGUCCUGAGCUGCGUCAACAAAGCUGGGCAGUUCCUCAAGAUUCUGUCCCCUCUGCCCCCAGACCCAUGCCAUGGCGUGACGUGUCGGCCACAGGAGACGUGCCAGGAGCAGGGUGGCCAGGGCGUGUGCGUGCCCAACUAUGAAGUCACAUGCUGGCUGUGGGGCGACCCACACUACCACUCCUUCGACGGCCGGAACUUCGACUUCCAGGGCACCUGCAGCUAUGUGCUGGCAGCAACUGACUGCCCGGGGGUCGAUGCCAAGGGUCUGACACCCUUCAGUGUCAUCACAAAGAAUGAAAACCGGGGCAACCCCGCUGUGUCCUAUGUGAGGCUCGUCACCGUGACUGCCCUUGGCGUGAACAUCUCCAUCCACAAAGGCGAGAUCGGCAAAGUGCGGGUGAACGGUGUGCUGACAGCAUUGCCUGUCUCGGUGGCUGGCGGGCGGCUGGCAGUGACCCAUGGUGCAUCGAAGGCAGUGCUGACGGCAGACUUCGGGCUGCGGGUCACUUAUGACUGGGACUGGCGGGUGGAGGUGACGCUGCCCAGCAGCUAUUACAGCACGGUGUGUGGGCUCUGUGGGAACAUGGACGGCAACCCCAGCAAUGACCAAGCCUACCCCAAUGGCACACUGGCUCCCUCCAUCCCUGUCUGGGGCGGCAGCUGGCGAGCCCCAGGCUGGGACCCACUGUGUUGGGACGAAUGUCGAGGGUCCUGCCCAACGUGUCCCGAGGACCGGCUGGAGGAGUACGGGGGCCCCAACUUCUGUGGACCCCUGGCCCCUGGCACAGGGGGCCCCUUCGCCACCUGCCAUGCCCACGUGUCACCUGAUAGCUUUUUCAAGGGCUGCGUCCUGGACGUCUGCCUGGGCGGUGGGGCCCAUGACAUACUUUGCCAGGCACUGGCCGCCUAUGCCACAGCCUGCCAGGCCGCCAACAUCACCAUCAAGGACUGGCGAGAGCAGGCCGGUUGCAACAUCCCCUGCCCUGACAACAGCCACUACGAGCUCUGUGGCCCACCCUGCCCAGCCAGCUGCCCAUCUCCCGCACCCCUCAAGACCUCAGACCCAUGUUCGGGCCCCUGCACUGAGGGCUGCCAGUGUGACGAGGGCUAUGUGUUGAGUGUUGACCACUGUGUCCCCCUGGAUGGAGGCUGCGGCUGCUGGGCCAACAGCACCUACCACGAAGCAGGCAGCGAGUUUUGGGCUGAUGGCACCUGCUCCCAGCGGUGCCGCUGUGGGCCUGGCGGUGGCUCUGUGGUCUGCAUACCUGCCAGCUGUGGGCUGGGUGAACAGUGUACCCUCCUGCCCUCAGGCCAGCAUGGCUGCCAGCCCGUCAGCACAGCUGAGUGCCAGGCUUGGGGCGAUCCCCACUAUAUCACCCUGGAUGGGAAGCGAUACGACUUUCAGGGAGCCUGCGAGUACUUGCUGAGCGCGCCCUGCCAGGCACCGCCCAAGGGGACUGAGAACUUCACCGUCACCGUAGUCAAUGAGCACCGGGGCAGCCAGGCUGUCAGCUACACCCGCAGUGUCACCCUGCACAUCUACAACCACAGCCUGACCCUCAGUGCCCAGUGGCCCCGGCAGCUGCAGGUGGACGGCAAGCGUGUGGCGCUGCCCUUCCAGCUGGACUCGCUCCUACGCGUGUACGUGAGCGGCGUCGACGUAGUGGUGACCGCGGCCAACGGGCUCUCCCUGGCUUUCGACGGAAACAGCUUGGUGCGCCUGCACGUGCCGGCGGCGUACGCGGGCGCCCUCUGUGGCCUGUGCGGCAACUACAACCGGGACCCUGAGGACGACCUGCAGGCAGUGAAAGGGGACCCUGCAGGAUGGCAGGUGGGCGGUGCCGCGGGCUGCGGAGAGUGCGUGCCCGGGCCGUGCCCGACACCGUGCACCCCGGAGCAGCAGGCGCCCUUCGGCGGCCCGGACGCCUGUGGCGUGAUCACGGCUGCCGACGGCCCGCUGGCGCCCUGCCACAAACUCCUGCCCCCCGAGCCGUACUUCCAGGGCUGCCUUCUGGACGCCUGCCAGGCUCAGGGCCACCCCGGAGGCCUCUGCCCUGCCUUGGCCACCUACGUGGCAGCCUGCCAGGCCGCUGGGGCUCAGCUGGAGGAGUGGAGGCGGCCGGACUUCUGCCCCGUCCAGUGCCCUGCCCACAGCCACUACGAGCUCUGUGGUAACUCCUGCCCGGUAAGCUGCCCGAGCCUGUCGGCGCCCGAGGGCUGCGAGCCAGCCUGCCGCGAGGGUUGCGUCUGCGAUGCUGGCUUUGUGCUCAGCGGCGACACCUGUGUACCUGUGGGCCAGUGUGGCUGCCUCCAUGAAGGCCACUACUACCAGCUGGGCGAGUCCUUCUACCCAGGCCCGGAGUGUGAACGGCGCUGUGAGUGUGAGCCAGGUGGCGUGGUCAGCUGCCAGGAGGGCUCAGCAUGCAGGCCCUAUGAGGAGUGCCGGCUAGAGAACGGCGUCCAGGCCUGUCACCCUACAGGCUGUGGCCGAUGUCUGUCAAACAGGGGCAUCCAUUACAUCACCCUUGACGGGCGUGUCUAUGACCUACCUGGUUCCUGCUCCUAUGUCUUGGCCAAAGUCUGCCACCCGCAGCCUGAGGACGAGGACUUUUCCAUUGUGCUCGAGAAGGGUGCGGACAGAGACCCCCAACGCCUGCUGGUCACUGUAGAUAGCCACGUUGUCAGCCUGGCUCGAGGGCUGCAGAUCUCUGUGGAUGGGGAGACCGUGACCCUGCCCGUGGCUGUGGGCCCUGUGCGGGUGACCGCCGAGGGCCGGAACCUGGUUCUGCAGACGGCCAAGGGGCUGCGGCUGCUUUUUAAUGACGAGGCCCACAUCCUCAUAUCCAUCCCGAACCCCUUCCGCGGCCGGCUCUGUGGCCUCUGUGGGAACUUCAAUGGCAACUGGAGCGACGACUUUGUCCUGCCCAACGGCAACGCGGCCCCCAGCGUGGAGGACUUCGGAGCCUCCUGGAGGGCGCCCAGCUCCUCCGCAGGCUGCAACGAGGGCUGUGGGGCCUCCGGGUGCCCCGUGUGCCGCGCGGAGGAGACGGCGCCCUAUGAGAGCAGCCAGGCCUGCGGGCGGCUGCAGGACGCCCAGGGCGCCUUCCAGACCUGCCACGCGGUGGUGAGCCCCUCCGAGUACUUCCGCCAGUGCGUGUACGACAUGUGCGCCCAAAAGGGAGACAGCGCAGUCCUCUGCCGCAGCCUGGCAGCCUACACCGCUGCCUGCCAGGCGGCCGGCGUGGCCCUGGAGCCCUGGAGGACGGACAGCUUCUGCCCUCUCCAGUGUCCCGCCCACAGCCACUAUUCCAUCUGCACGCGCUCCUGCCAGGGCUCCUGUGCCGCUCUCUCGGGCCUUACAGGCUGCACCACCCGCUGCUUUGAGGGCUGUGAGUGUGAUGACCACUUCCUGCUCUCCCACGGAGUUUGCAUCCCUACCCAAGACUGCGGCUGCGCCCAUGACGGCCGGUACCUGCCGGUGAACUCCUCCCUGCUGACCUCAGACUGCAGUGAGCGCUGCUCCUGUUCCUCAACCACCGGCCUCACAUGCCAGACAGCCGGCUGCCCCGAAGGCCGCGAAUGUGAGGUCCAGGCCGGGGCCCGGGACUGCUGGAACCCUCGUGGGCUCUGUUCCCUCUCUGCAGAUGCCAACCUCACCUCCUUUGAUGGAGCCCCCAUUGCCAUCAGCUCCCCUGGCGUCUACGAGCUCUCUUCCCUCUGUCCAGGACAACAGGAGACUACACCCUGGUACCGUGUGGUCACAGACACCCAGCCCUGCCAUGGCGAGGCUGAAGGCCCGGGCCUGGCCCACAUCUUCUUCCAGGAUGGGUUGGUCACGGUGACCCUGAACCAGGGCGUGUGGGUGAAUGGUCGCCAAGUGGAUCUCCCAGCCGAGGUAUUAACAUCUGUGUCCGUGAGUCGGACACCUGAUGGCUCUGUGCUAGUCCAGCAGAAGGCAGGGGUCCAGGUGCGGCUUGGGACCAACAGGCAGCUGGCUAUAAUGGUCAGUGAUGACCACGCUGGAAUACUGUGUGGGGCCUGUGGAAACUUUGACGGAGAUCGGACCAAUGAUGGGCAUGACUCCCAGGGGAAGCCGGCGUUGGAGAGCUGGAGAGCACAGGACUUCUCCCCAUGGUGAGGGAUGUAGCACAGAAGCCAGGCUUCUUGGGGCAGGGACAGCUGCGUCCUCAUGGGAAGGGGGCAGUCAGGGUGGGUGCUCAGUCUGCAAGAGGAGGUGCUAAGUGUCUUUGUCUUGCAGCCACAGCUGAUGAGUCAUCCACCAGGAAUGCAGACUUCAGGACCUGAUCCCUUGGAGGCUGCAGUGGUCGAAAGAUACACUGUGUACCCCACCCUGCUCCACCCCUUUGCUGAGCCAGUGAGGGCCAGUGUGAGAGCACUGAAUAAAUGUCUUAU